CGACUUAUAUCUAUAUAUUAAGCUCAUAUAUCUUGCUGCAUGGUCCAUCUAAUUUUUUUGAGUUAAAAUCUUAAAAAGCAUACGAUUCCUUUGUUUCCACUACUUAUUAGUUGCUGAAAAUUGAUCGCUAUGCCCUUUGUUUUCUCUAUAGAUGAGGUGAAUGAUUCUCCAAUUGAACAAGUCAGACUCACAGUGCCUAUCACGGAUGAUCCCACACUACAUUGCUUGACAUUUCGAACAUGGGUUUUGGGAAUCAUCUCAUGUGCUCUUCUAGCCUUCCUAAACCAGUUCUUUGGUUACCGCCAAAAUCCACUCUACAUAUCUUCGGUUUCGGCCCAAAUUGUGGUACUUCCUAUGGGAAGAUUUAUGGCAGCAACUCUCCCAACCAGACCAAUUCAGGUUCCGGGAACGAAAUGGUCAUUUUCAAUGAAUCCAGGGCCAUUCAACUUGAAAGAACAUGUGUUGAUCACCAUAUUUGCCAAUUCAGGAUCAAAUUCUGUAUAUGCAGUGAACAUUAUAACCAUUGUGAAAGCUUUCUAUAAAAGGCAGAUCCAUCCUCUUGCAGCUAUGUUAUUAACGCAGACUACCCAGUUGCUUGGAUAUGGAUGGGCAGGGAUUUUCCGUAAGUUUCUAGUGGACUCACCAUACAUGUGGUGGCCUUCUAACCUUGUUCAGGUCUCCCUUUUCAGGGCACUACAUGAAAUUGAGAGGAGACCAAAGGGAGGCCUAACAAGGCUACAAUUCUUCCUUGUAGUCCUUUUAUCAAGCUUUGCCUACUACAUUGUUCCAAACUAUUUGUUCCCUUCUAUAACUGCUCUAUCAUUUGUUUGUUGGAUAUGGAAAAAAUCGGUCACAGCUCAACAAAUUGGUGGGGGUCUACGUGGUCUUGGUAUUGGCUCGUUUGGACUUGAUUGGGCGACUGUGGCUGGCUUCCUAGGAACACCGUUGGCUACUCCUGGAUUUGCUAUAAUCAAUAUAAUGGUUGGAUUCUUCUUAAUCGUCUAUGUAAUGAUCCCCAUAGCUUAUUGGACCAACUCGUAUGAAGCCAAGAGAUUCCCCAUUUUCUCAUCCCAUGUUUUCAAUGCCACGGGCGGGGAAUAUGAUGUUUCAACAGUUUUGAAUUCAACAACCUUCGAAUUCAAUCAGCAAGGAUAUGAUGGCUAUAGCCAAGUUAACUUGAGUAUCUUCUUUGUAUUUUCUUACGGUCUAAGCUUUGCUACGUUGGCUGCUACACUAUCUCAUGUUGUGCUUUUUCAUGGGAGAACAAUUUGGCAACAAACUAAAGCAGCAUUCCAAGAUAAGUUUGGUGAUGUUCACACUAGAAUAAUGAAGAAGAACUACGACGUAGUCCCUCAGUGGUGGUUUUACACACUAUUGGUGCUGGUAGUUGGACUUGCUAUGCUUGCUUGUGAAGGGUUUGGAAAAGAAUUGCAGCUUCCUUAUUGGGGAGUUCUACUAGCGAUUGGGUUGGCCUUAUUCUUCACCCUCCCAAUAGGUGUUAUCACAGCAACCACAAACCAGCAACCAGGGCUAAACGUCAUUACUGAGUUGAUCAUCGGAUACAUGUAUCCGGGGAAACCUCUAGCAAAUGUGGCUUUCAAAACCUAUGGGUAUAUAAGCAUGUCACAAGCAAUAAUGUUUCUCUCAGACUUCAAGCUAGGGCAUUAUAUGAAGAUCCCUCCAAAGUCCAUGUUUAUAGUCCAGUUAGCAGGCACUAUAAUUGCAUCCUCAACAUACUUUGGAACGGCUUGGUGGCUUCUGACUAAUGUGGAUAACAUCUGCGAUACAACUAAAUUGCCAAAGGGAAGCCCGUGGACUUGCCCAGGAGAUGAUGUUUUCUACAAUGCCUCCAUCAUUUGGGGUGUGGUUGGGCCACUGCGCAUGUUUGGUCGUCUGGGUCUUUACUCUAAGAUGAACUAUUUCUUUCUCAUUGGCAUUCUUGCACCGGUACCGGUGUGGUUUUUCUCGCGCAAAUUCCCCCAAGCAAAGUGGAUAAGACUAAUCAAUAUGCCAAUCCUUUUAGGAGCCACAGGUGCCAUGCCACCUGCCAGAGCGGUUAACUACUUGAUGUGGGGUGUUGUGGGCAUUUUCUUCAACUUCGUCGUCUACAGGAGAUACAAAGGGUGGUGGGCUAGACACAACUACAUUUUAUCGGCUGGGUUAGAUGCUGGGGUUGCUUUCUUGGCUAUACUAAGCUAUUUCACGUUACAAAACAGAGACAUAAAUGGGCCAAGCUGGUGGGGUUUGGAAAUAGACGAUCAUUGUCCUUUGGCAAGUUGCCCUACAGCACCUGGCAUAGAGGUUGAAGGUUGUCCUGUUUUCCAUUGAAAGAAAUUUUCGCAGACCAUAAGACUCAUAUAUGCCUGAACUUGGAGGGUAAAGUUUAAAUGUAAUGUUAGUCAUAUCUUAUA